CGUUUAUCACGGCUGCAACGGAGAAUCGAAUUUUGCGAUUCAGUUUGAUUUAAUCAACAGUUAUAGACAACUUCGUGAACUUGUUGUAUUAGCGAUUAGAACACGUGUGUAGUGAACGCGAAUUGGUGGAAUACAAAAUACAAACAAAAAAAAAAACACCUGCUUUCUAUUGCAAGCUCGCACAUGUAAAUUUAUCAAGUUUUAACCUGUAGCUGUCCCAAGCAAUAACCAUUGCACUGGCGGCAAGUAAGGUCCACCUCACAAUCAGUUAUCGCUCAACUCCUGAUCGUUUCUGAACGUUAUGAGCCCAUUAAACAGGGGGCCAAUGCUCGGCCCUCGAAUGCCUCCGGUCGGGAUGCGUCCCAUGCCUCCUCCACGGUUUGGUGGCCGUCUACCGCCUCCUGGUAUGCCGCUCAGAAUGCCACCGCAUCCGAUGUUCGGCCCCAUGAGGCAACGUAUGCCAUUGCCUGGUCCCGGCAUGCCAAUGUUUGGCCCGAGGAUACGUGGCAUGCCACCAAUGAUGAUGGGGCCAAUGAUGGGUCCCAGAGGAAUGGGACCCUGUGGUCCACCUCCCAUGAGACCCACUUCUCGAGGCAUGCUGCCAUCCCAAGGCUUGCCACACAUGCGAGCCCGGCUACCGCUAUGUGGAAUUAACAUGAAGGGUAAAGGAAUGAAUAAUUCAAAAAAAGUCAGCAAACUUGAGGAAUUAGAAUUAAAGAAACCAUGGAUGACUGAUGAGAUUCGUAGCGAGAUACAAAAGAAAAAUAAGCUAUACGCCAAAGCUAAGAAAAACAAAGAUGCAAUGGAAUGGGAAGAGUUCAAAGAUUUGCGGAAUAAAGUUACCAGAAUGAUCCGCGACGCUAAAACAGAAUAUUUGGCCAAGAAUCCGGAACAGGCAACCCUCUACUCAGCUGACACAUCUGCUUAUGAUGAAAGAGAUGAAAAUUAUCAGAGCUCAGAAGAAGAACACGAACAUUACUGUGAGGUAUGUGACAGGGAGUUCCCGUCAGAGGAAUCCCUUGCUCGGCAUAUGGGGGAACAUCGAGUUUGUGGAAUAGAUGGUUGCGUCUUUUCAGCGCAUCCAAAGCUAGUUGACAAACACAUCAGCAUGCAACACACUACGGGCCUUUAUCAUAGAAUGAAGAAUCUAUCAACGCCAGAAGAUAUCCAAAACUGGAUAGCAGAACGCAAACGGCGAUACCCAACAAAAGCUAACAUAAAACAUCAAGCAGCCGAAGCGUUGGAGAAACAAAAGCGGUACGAAGUAAUUAGGGAGAAGAAAUCAAUAACAGAAUUGAAUAUGAAUAAGAAUGAAACAAAAAAAGUUACAAGACGCAAAACUCGUAGACGAACACGUGCCUUACCUGUACCUGCAAAGGCUUUGGAAUCACAGCUUUAUAGUGGCUUGCAAAUGUUUCCAGGCACUUUGCACUUACGGCAAUCGGCGAGUGAUGAAGAGUAUUCUCUCAUUGAGGAUUCAGAUAAUGAAGUGGGCAUAAGAAGUACGGGGCACAUUUCUGAAACUGAUGAAGUGGAUCUAACCAUGAACCUUGAGGCAAAUAAAACUUUUUCGUUGAGUCUGGUAGCAGAUUACGGUACAGAUUCCGACAAAGAUGACAGACCUGAAGAAGUUCCGUUUAAAAAAAUAAAAGUAGAUACUGACAUUCCUGUAAGUGUUCCGGCCUUAACGAAUCCAGAUGGCUGUCACAUUAACAAUAACGCUAGAACGAGAAAUAAAGACAGCAGACAUAGGUCUGAACAUUUUGAAAACACGAAGCGAAACGAUAACAAAUAUAAAAACGACCGAAACAAUCAAAGGUUUCAUCAACACAAAAAUCACACCGCAGAAGGGAUACGUAAAACAAACAAAAAUCGAUUACUCAACAAGCUUUUGUCCCGAUCAAUACAGCAUGAAAGAAACUUGAUUUGCCAAUGUAUAAAGUACAUUGUUGAUAACAAUUAUUUUGAGUGAUUACAUUGUGCUGUCUUCGUUAUGAUAUUGUUAAUAAGUAUUGGCGCAAUAAAGAAUUUGAAAAAGAUU